AUGACAGUCGAAGCAAAAACGUUCACGAACAAAUCUAAUGGCGAAACAUUCACAAAAGGCACCUAUAACGGUAUUGAAGUCUUACGUAGAGACAAGGAUGGUUAUAUAAAUGCAACAAAGAUAUGUCAGCAGUUUAGGAAAGACUUUAGAAGGUUGUUGGAAAAUAAGUCCUGGGAAGAGUAUUUUAAGGCAUUUUGUGAAGAAUAUACCAACCCGCGGAAUUCCGCGGGUUGCUUUUUAUACACAGUUCAUGCAGGAAUUCCCGAUGAAAUCAAACAGGUUAGAGGAACGUAUGUAGACCCAAGACUCGUAAACUAUAUAGCAAUGUGGGCUUCUCCAAAAUAUUGCAUAGCAGUUGGAAAAAUUCUGGACUCCAUAGACAAGAAAGUUCAUGAGAAAUUAGAUGAAGAAGAACUUGAAGAUACAGCAGAGAAUGCAAAACC